AUGGCUGUAAAAAGUCCUGCCGGAGAGUCAGGAAGCGCUGGCUGCCUGAGUCUGUUCUUUCGGAAGUAUAGCCCUUCGCUUGCCGUAAAGCUCGGGCAUAGGCUUCUGGGUGAAAGCUUGAACGCCUCCGACAAACGAUACGCCAGUACAAUCUUCCGUCUCUUGUUCUGUCGGUCACGAUCCAAUACUCAUGACUACUAUCAGCACUUUAAGCCCAGGAGAGUCGACACGCUCUGUCUCGUGGUUGGACUUCCCAACACGCUUAGCCGUGAGUCGCACACUAUCCCCAGCACUGUGGACCGUCAGCGCGAGGAUUCAGGAGCAAGCGAUCCCCUCGACAUCGAAGGCACCGAGAGCGACGACGGCGAGUGGGAAGCAGACAUUGAACCUUAG